AUGCCCACAACUCCAUCUUCCAGACGUAAUUCCCACCGAAAUCGUCGGGGAAGCACUCCACCAACACCAGGACAGAAUGGCUCCAAGCUUGCGGGACGCAUAAUGUGGUUGCCGCAUGCAGACGAGCUGAGUUCUUCGACUGGGUUUGCGGAUGAAUGCCAUAAUCAUCCGGUCCUUGUGCUGUCGAAGAAGAUGGGUGCUGAUGGGAAGGUUGAUAUUCUGAUGAUGACCUCCUUCGGCGGUCAAGAUCUCGAAGCAAAGCAUCGAUACAGCAAAGUCCAACUCCGAGGAACUUUCCUGCCCAUUGAUCCGUCCCCUCCCCAUCCCGACAACAACAUCCAACUCAAGCUCGACCACGGCGUGACACUGAGAAAGAACUCCUAUGUCAAGACCGAGGAACAACGGAAGAUCCUGUUCUCUCAUCUGCGGAACUACGAGCGUCACAACAACAAAGUAUAUGCUCUUACGAAGGCUUCGUAUCAGAUCGUGGUGGAACAUUGCGGUUACCGCGAGCCGGUUCACUCUCCUGCUGUCACGAUUACCCCGCCAAGGCAGCCUGUCGCUCGGCCUCAACCUCAACCGGAGAGAGUCCCGAGCUAUGGCUAUGGCACAAUCCCAACUUCACAGCCAUACCCCGCCUCACGACCUGUCCAAAACACACAAAGCGGCUACAAUGGCUACUUUGAAGACAGAUCCAACAGCUUCUGGAAUCCUGAUGCAAACUCUCAGAGAAAGCGCAGGCCCACCAGUCCCUUCCGUCACGUAUCAGGCGGAUCUCAACAUGAUCUCUCACCGAGUGCCCAGGCUGUUCUCGGUCUUAUCUUCAUUGCAAUCUUUGCUUGCGGAGCAGCUGGUGUCUACUGGCUUCUCAAGAUGUUCUUUUCUUGGAUCUCUGAGGGCAUCAAACACUUCUUUGAAGGCUUGCAGGGGGUCGAUUGGCAUGAAGUCUUCAACGCUAUUGGACUUUGGCUGUGGGAUGUUGUGGUAAAUCUGGGCAAGGUCGUCAAGUAUCUGGUGGUGAUGGCGGCGAAGGGUGUAGCGUGGGUUGCGAAGAGUGCUUGGGGGUUGGUGAGAGAUGUGGUUAUGGGAGCUCCGAAGGAGAAGCUUUUCUGA